UGUACAAACAACUUCACAGGCCACUCUGUAUUACUUCUCUCUCUCUCUCUCUCUUUGUUCCAAAGGGACUCACCCAAGAAAAUGGAUUCCUCUAAGAUGUAUGCUUUUUUCCUCAUUUCCAUGCUCUUCAUCUCCUCAGCCACCCCCAUUCUUGGCUGUCCAUAUUGUGGCAAGCCACCCCCCAAGGGAAAUCCCCCAAAAGGCCCCAUCACUCCACCCAUUGUCAAGCCCCCCAUUGUCAAGCCUCCCAUUGUCAAGCCCCCCAUUGUCAAGCCCCCCAUUGUCAAGCCUCCCAUUGUCAAGCCCCCCAUUGUCAAGCCCCCAGUCACCCUGCCACCGAUGCCCCCAGUCACCCUGCCACCGGUGCCAAUCCCUCCAAUUAAGCCACCGGUCACCCUGCCACCGGUACCCCCGGUCACCCUGCCACCGGUGCCAAUCCCUCCAAUUAAGCCACCGGUCACCCUGCCACCGGUGCCCCCAGUCACCCUGCCACCAGUGCCAAUCCCUCCAAUUAAGCCACCGGUGACUCUCCCUCCCAUAGUCAACCCUCCGGGGAUCCUCCCUCCCAUAGUAGAGCCACCAGUAACUCACCCUCCCAUAGAAAACCCUCCGGGGAUCCUCCCUCCCAUAGUAGAGCCACCAGUGACUCACCCUCCCAUAGAAAACCCUCCGGGGAUCCUCCCUCCUAUAGUAGAGCCACCAGUGACUCACCCUCCCAUAGAAUACCCACCUGUGACUCUCCCAUGCCCCCCGCCGCCGGAGGAGACGUGCCCCAUUGACACGUUGAAACUGGGUGCUUGUGUGGAUCUUCUUGGUGGGUUGGUGCACAUUGGCCUUGGGGAUCCGGUGGUCAAUGAGUGCUGCCCUGUCUUGCAUGGACUUGUUGGGCUGGAAGCCGCGGUUUGCUUGUGCACCACUCUCAAGCUCAAGCUUCUCAACCUCAACAUCUUUGUUCCGCUAGCUCUUCAGCUCCUUGUAACUUGUGGAAAAGAACCCCCUCCUGGUUACACCUGCUCUCUCUAGAAAUGAGUUGUCAGAUUGAUGAUAGCAUGGAACGGCGGAAUCGACAUGAGAGGAUGUCGAGCCCCCCCUUCUUUCUUUGUCCAAAAAAUCUUAUCCUUUUCAUGAUUGAUAUUCUGAUGUUUGGCAUCAUUUGUACACCAUUUGUUUUUAAAUUAAGGGAUUGUUGCAUGUGUGUUUUGUCUUAAGUAAGCAAGGAAGCUAUCAAAGAUGCUUUUUGAGUCCAAUUUCAGUUCUUUAUCGGAUUCUCACCUUGUUCCACAAUUUCUUGUAAUUGUAUUUCUUUUCUUGUUGAGGUACGACAGUUUGUUCA